AGCUACCGCCAUGUUUGCCAAGGGCAAACCUUGGAAAGGUCAUGGCAACGGGCAGGGCAAAUGGCAAGGAGAGGAGUUUCGAUGCCCGCUUCCCGCAUGCGAUGCAAAGUCGAAGGACAUCCUUUGGCAAGGCCUGAAUGGAGGCCAGAUCCAGCCGCCCAUUUGCGGCUUUGAUCGGGGCCAUGUGCUCGGCAGCGCAGGGGAGAUGUACUUCGAAGUCUUUGGCAGGUGCCGCAUUCGGCUGGCACGCGACGCAGGAACAUGGCUGUCCCAAGAUGAUCAUGCAGACUUCAACGUGCCGGCAGUCCUGGCAGGUCAGCACUUCAGAUCCAUCAGCGAGCUCCAGCGUCGAAUCGUGUCAAUUCGAGAAGCCGACGACGGAGGCGACGGCCCACGCCGCUUGUCCCAGCAGGACGAGCUGCUCAUGAGGGCCGUUUUUCAGCACCACCCCAAGGCUGCGAGGAAGCUGAAGGACUUGCAGUUCAUCCAAGUUGGGCCCAGCAGCAAGUCCAACGAUCCCAGGCAUCGCACCUUCUCCGUGAUGAGGAGUGAACAGGACGGUGAGGACAUCAGCUACGUGUCAUGCCUGCGUUGCCUGGCGGAGGAAGCUGCGGGGCGGAUCCCUACCGAACGCCUGGUAUCAUUGGCAUCCAUCACCAACGGACACGAGCUGAAGCUGCAGAUUGGGACGGACUCUUGGGCUUUGGGUGAGGCUGUGGAUUCCCUGGGAGUACGGGUGGAUCUUGAACGGCGCCAACUCUUCCUUCACCUCUCUUCCAGCUGCAGUGGCCCUUGGCCACUGAAUCACGCCGCCACCGCCAACCUGACCAUUGUAGCGGAUGAGCCCAGGGCCGAGAUCGCCAUCCACUGGGUCGGCCCCUUCCGCUUGCGCACGGCUGCCGUGGGGUCGGGGGCGACGGCUACGGUGCCCAUCCGGCAAAGCUUGGAGCGUCUGAUGCAGGACAGCUGGCUGAGGCGUUCGUACCGAUGGCCUGGAAAGUCUUAG